AUGCAGGCGUCAGACAACUCACAUACGGCUACUAAAGGUGCUGUUCUAAGGCAGAGUCUCCGUGUGAUCCACCCUAAGCGGUCCUCGGAGGAUACGCAGUUGCUCUCCAGAGUGCACCUGUCAAAGCAUUGGAAGUUGCCCCCAAGGGCGUCUAGAUCGAUGGCGACUCUCACAACUACUACUGUGACUACACAGGGACCUGUUCAAUGUACAGGGCUGGAGUCCAAGAGACAGGUACAGAACAGGGAGGCGCAGAGGGCGUACAGGGAGAGGAGGGCGCAUCGCCUACAAGAGUUGGAAGACACUGUUGAACAAUUGCAGAACAGACUCCGGAAGCUGUCUCAGCAGUGCGAUCGACAGGAGAGACGCUGUCAGGACUUGACUGCCGAGAACGAAUCACUCACGAGAGAGGUUGGGGCUUUGAAGAGAGAAAGGGACAUGCGAAGUUUGAAACCAGUUCUCCUGCGCAAGAGACGCUCCCAGCACAGGGCGAACUUCUCAAAACCAACUUCUGUGCCCAAAGUUGUGGCCCGUAGGAUCUUCGAGGAAACCACUUGUGGAUUCUGCAACGAGUCCACAAGUUGCAUUUGUUCCGAGUUGGAACAUUCGACCACUGGCACGAACACUGGCCCUGUGGCUUCCCUAAAUGGAUCAAGCUGCUCUACAAAACCGGAUACUUGUGAGAAAUGCACCGACAUUGAGAACUCCUGCAUAGUACCGCUUGCCAGGGACGUUGCACCCUUGGCUCAGGAAAAGAUCGACUUCACUAAUUACAAGAGUUGA